CCAUACUUUGCACGACCUUGACGUAAAGACUUGAGGUCCUUUGAGUUAAAGAAGAGGGAGAUAUAGAAGUACUCCACAUCAGUGUAUCAUCGAUGACGAAGAACAAACUGAUGAUCUUCCUCUUCCUCUUAUUCUUCUUCCUGUUGCAGGCAGGAGUUGGAGCCCAAGCAGACGACCGCGAUCGGGAUGUUGAGUGCCUGCCCAAGAGGUGCAGAGCCGAGGGCCCAGAAAUUCGGUUCCCGUUCUGGCUAAAGGAUCGUCAGCCAGACCGCUGUGGCUAUGGGCCUGACUUUGCUCUAACCUGCUCUUCCACCGAAAGCAACGAAACCCUGCUUGACAGCCCAUUUUCUGUCAAGGUAGUGGUCAAAGAAAUCAAUUACUAUUGUCAGAUCAUAAGAUACGAGCUCUACGGUACUUACGAUCCGCACGAUCAGCAAAACCUACGCUUAAUAUUCGACAGUACCUCUCCCUUCAGUCCCUUCCAAUUGUGGCUCAACACUGUCCCUGACCGCUACGGAGCCCGUUGUCGCUACUACCCGGGAUAUUUUGAUCGAUACGGUUAUACAUAUGGUGCGUCGUUCUGUGAAUGCCCUAUGUUCAGUUGUCCCUCCUCCUUAGAAGAUCCAUUUACAUAUCGUUAUUAUAACAAAUAUGCACCACUUCCAUGGCUUAGCCGUCCAGGUCACAAACUCUAUUUGUUGAACUCGGAUUAUUUGAUCAUGAGGACCCUGUUGAAUUGUUCAAAGAUGCAUACUCUAUCAGUUCCAUGUUUUGAUCUGUCUCGAGAGGGAUACAAUUCUGAGGGCUUACGGGGCUGGUCAGCCUGGUCCGAACCAAGUUGUGUUAAAUGUGAAGAAAAGGGCACGUAUUGCAGAUUGAGUAGGAGCAAUCACAGCAAGUUGAAGGAAACCGAAUGCUUCGACAUCCGUAAGCAGCCAAGAGGUGAAACGAAAAGACCACAUGAUCAAACAGGUUUGAUCCCGACUAGUCUUUUUGUCCUUGUUGUACUAGUCAUAGCUACAUAUUUUAUCCACGGAACAAGCAAUUUAAAGAAAGAGGAUCAAGUAAAGAUCGAAAGGUUUUUAGAGAAUUACAGGGCUCUCAAGUCUACAAGGUACACAUAUGCUGAGAUAAAGAAACUUACACAUAAUUUCAAGGACAAACUCGGCCAAGGAGGUUAUGGAAUAGUUUACAAGGGAGAGCUUUCCAAAGAUGUUCCUAUUGCAGCCAAGAUCCUUGACAACUUCACUGGUAAUGGCGAUGACUUCAUCAACGAAGUGGCAACGAUAGGUACGAUCCACCAUGUCAAUGUGGUUCGCUUAGUCGGAUAUUGUGCAGAUGGGUAUAAAAAAGCUCUUGUUUACGAGUAUUUGCCGAAUGAUUCUCUAGAAAAGUUCAUAUCAUCUGAUCAUAAAAGAGCUUCACUUGGUUGGGAGAAGCUCCAAGGUAUUGCUCUAGGCAUAGCCAAAGGAAUUGAAUAUCUUCACCAAGGUUGUGAUCAAAGAAUCCUUCAUUUCGAUAUUAAGCCUCAUAACAUCUUGUUAGACAAAAAUUUCAUUCCCAAAAUUUCUGAUUUCGGGCUAGCCAAGUUGUGCUCAAAAGAACAAAGCGUUGUAUCCAUGACAGCUGCUAGGGGAACCGUGGGUUAUAUUGCACCGGAGGUGUUCUCUAGGAAUUUCGGCAAUGUGUCGCACAAGUCAGACGUUUAUAGUUUUGGAAUGGUGUUGCUUGAAAUGGUUGGAGGGAGGAAGAAGAAUAUUGAUGUCAGUGCAGAAGUUUACUUUCCUGAAUGGAUUUAUAAUCGUUUAAAUUGUGAAGAAGUAAAUAACAAUGAAGCUGAGGAAGGCGGAGAUGCCAAGAUUGUUAAGAAGCUAACAGUUGUAGGACUUUGGUGCAUCCAGUGGUACCCAGGAGACCGGCCUUCAAUGAAAGCUGUGGUUCAAAUGCUUGAGGGAGAUGGAGAUACCUUGGGCAUGCCCCCGAAUCCCUUUUCUACCACCAAUGGGUCAAUUACAAGGGGAAACAUGGGCGGAAGGCAUUUUAGCACUACGUUAGAGAUAAUUUCUGAAUCCGAUUGAGAUCGAGAAGUGUUGCAUAAUUGGACAGCGUUUUUAGGGGUGUCAAAUGCGCUAUCUUUAAUUUGUUUGUGAGUAUCGUGUAGAAGUCUGGACUCAUCUAUAUAUUGUUGUACCCUUAUUCAAAUGCUAUUUACGACUGGUAGAAUAAACUCGAAAUUAAUUUUUUUGGAUUUC